CAGCCUCGGCAGUCGGUGGGUCGGGAGAGGUGCUGACAGGGCGGGGCCGCCGCUCCGCUCGGCCGGCCUCACCCCUCCCGCCCGGGACAGGUGGCUGGAGCGCGCCCCGCCUCCGCCAGCUGCGAGUGGGAGCGAGGGAGGGCCAGUCCGGGACGCCGCCGCCAGCUGCGAGUGGGAGUGAGUGAGGACUGGUCCGCGACGGCCGGGCGAGGGGUCCGGCGGCAGCAAAUGAGUAUCGUGGCGGCCAAAAAAAUGCUCCUGUACCGAGGGGCCCCGGCGGGCCCUGGCGCGCCGGGCUGCGGGCUGGCCCGGCCGGGGGGCGGCCCUCAGGCCUUCGGGAUCCGCCUGAGCACGAUGAGCCCCCGCUACCUACAGAGCAACUCCAGCAGCCACACGCGACCCUUCAGUGCCAUCGCGGAGCUGCUAGAUAAUGCUGUAGAUCCAGAUGUAUCUGCCAGAACAGUCUUUAUAGAUGUUGAAGAGGUCAAGAAUAAAUCUUGUUUGACCUUUACUGAUGAUGGAUGUGGGAUGACACCUCAUAAACUACACCGAAUGCUCAGCUUUGGCUUUACAGAUAAAGUAAUAAAGAAGAGCCAGUGUCCCAUCGGAGUCUUUGGUAAUGGUUUCAAGUCCGGCUCCAUGCGGCUAGGAAAGGACGCUCUUGUCUUCACCAAGAAUGGGGGUACUCUCACUGUUGGACUCCUAUCACAGACCUAUCUGGAAUGUGUCCAGGCCCAGGCAGUUAUUGUACCAAUUGUUCCAUUCAACCAGCAAAACAAAAAAAUGAUUAUUACUGAGGAUUCCUUGCCCAGCCUAGAAGCCAUCUUGAACUAUUCAGUUUUCAACAGCGAAAAUGACCUGCUGUCCCAGUUUGAUGCCAUCCCGGGCAAAAAAGGCACUCGUGUUCUCAUUUGGAACAUCCGCAGAAAUAAAGAUGGGAAGUCGGAGUUGGACUUUGAUACAGAUCAGUAUGACAUCCUGGUUUCAGACUUUGACACAGAAGAAAAAGAGACUGGUGGUGUUACCUCUGAGCUACCAGAAACAGAGUAUUCUUUACGGGCAUUUUGUGGUAUUCUAUAUAUGAAGCCACGAAUGAAAAUUUUUCUGCGUCAAAAGAAGGUGACUACCCAGAUGAUUGCCAAGAGCCUGGCCAAUACAGGAUAUGAUAUAUAUAAACCUACCUUCACAAAUAAGCAGGUGAGAAUCACUUUUGGGUUCUCUUGCAAGAAUAGUAACCAGUUUGGAGUAAUGAUGUAUCAUAACAACCGACUUAUAAAGUCCUUUGAGAAGGUGGGAUGCCAGGUGAAGCCAACUCGUGGAGAAGGUGUGGGAGUAAUUGGAGUCAUUGAGUGCAAUUUCCUAAAACCUGCCUACAACAAACAAGACUUUGAGUACACCAAGGAGUACCGGUUGACAAUAAAUGCCCUUGCCCAGAAGCUCAAUGCUUACUGGAAGGAAAAGACAUCUCAAGAGAAUUUUGUGACCUCAGCCAUAGCUAGGCCAAUACCGAAGAUCCCUGACCAGACAUGGGUGCAGUGUGAUGAGUGUCUUAAAUGGAGGAAGCUUCCUGGCAAGGUUGAUCCGUCUACCUUACCUGCAAGAUGGUUUUGUUACUAUAAUUCUCAUCCAAAGUACAGGAGAUGCUCUGUUCCAGAGGAACAAGAACUCAUUGACGAAGACCUGUACUUGGGCAAAGCUAAGAAACAAGAUCAAACUGUCGAGAAAAAGAAGGUACCUAUGGAAAAUGAGAAUCAUCAGGUAUUCAGUGAUCCACUGAAGAUCCCUACUGUUCAGGAUAUGGCAGGAUUGAAUAAUAAGACAGUUGGAUAUGAGGGAAUUGAUAGCCCUAGCCUGCUUCCAUCUGUUGGAGAAGAAAGCAGGUCACCUUCUCUUCAACUAAAGCCUCUGGAUUCCAGUGUUUUUCAGUUUUCCAGUAAGUACAAAUGGAUCCUAGGUGAGGAACCUGUGGAGAAACGAAGACGGCUCCGGAAUGAGAUGACAACACCUCCUUUAGAUUAUUCCAUGCCUGGCCCUAACAGGAGGGUAGAGCCAACCACUGCCUACUCAGAAGGGGAGAGCAGUCAUGAUAAAUCCAAUUCUGAGAGAAGUACACCACCAUACCUUCUCCCAGAAUACCCAGAAGGAAGCAAGAAUACAGGUCAGAAUAGGGAGGUUUCAGUUCUGUAUCCGGGGACCCAAGACCAACGCCAGGGGUCUCUGCUUCCUGAAGAAUUGGAAGAUCAGAUGCCAAGAUUGGUAGCAGAAGAAUCUAACAGAGGUAGCACAAGCAUAAACAAAGAAGAAGUGAGCAAGGGACCUUUUGUAGCUGUUGUUGGUGUUGCGAAAGGUGUUAAAGAUUCAGGAGCUCCCAUUCAGCUGAUACCUUUUAACAGAGAGGAGCUUGCUGAGAGAAGAAAAGCAGUUGAAUCCUGGAACCCAGCGCCGUAUUCUUCUGUGGCCUCUGCUCCUAUCCCUGCUGCAGCCAAUGGGGAGAAAGGAAGAGGCUAUGAGGAGAGUGGCAGUCGUAAUACACCAAAGAUGAAGAACCAGAGAGACCUGGAAGAAUUGAAGAGAACCACAGAAAAAUUGGAACGUGUUUUGGCUGAAAGGAAUUUGUUCCAGCAAAAGGUGAAGGAGCUAGAACAGGAGAGGAAUCACUGGCAUUCUGAAUUCAAGAAAGUCCAACAUGAAUUGGUGACCUACAGUACCCAAGAGACGGAGGGCUUGUACUGGAGCAAAAAACACAUGGGUUACCGCCAAGCUGAAUUCCAGAUUCUGAAAGCUGAGCUGGAAAGAACCAAAGAGGAAAAGCAAGAAUUAAAAGAGAAACUGAAGGAGACAGAGACACACCUGGAAGUGCUGCAGAAGGCUCAGGUCUCCUACCGGACCCCAGAGGGAGAUGACCUAGAAAGGGCUUUGGCAAAGCUUACCCGGCUGCGUAUCCACGUCAGCUAUCUCCUUACUUCUGUCCUCCCUCACUUGGAGCUUCGUGAGAUCGGGUAUGACUCAGAACAAGUGGAUGGGAUCCUGUACACAGUGCUGGAGGCAAAUCACAUACUGGAUUGAGCACCAGACUAUAUAUUCUCUGCCCUUCCCUUCUCUUUUCAGCCUGUCUACUUUUUGUACUCGUUUCUACCAUCUCAACCCUCCUCUUCUCUGCUCCUCUCUUCCCAUCCCCCUACCUCUCUCUCUCUCUCUCUCUCUCUCUCUCUCUCUCUCCCUCCCUCUCUCCCUCUCUCUCUCUCUCUCUCUCUCUCUCUCUCUCUCUCUCUCUCUCUCUCUCUCUCUCUCUCUCUCUCACCUUUAUGCCUUAUAUAGAGAAUCUUUGUGUAAAUCCUGGCUCUUAAUCAGUCUGCUUCUUACUCAGUUUUGGUGUGGAGAAAGAGGCCAGUUAAAUAGGCUUUCAUGAGUCCAAAAGUGGAAAAAGCAAUAGUCACCAAGCUAGGUAACCUGAAAGCUUUAAUUUUCAUGACAGAUACUUGGCCUAUUUCAUAUCCUUUCUGAAUGGUUUGUAUUCAUUUAGCUUAAAUCAGUCAGCAUAUACUGGGUCCAGUGUACCAGGUGUUUGGGGACAAGCUAAGAAUUAUAACUCAUGGUUUCAACCUGCAUGGAUCUAAAAAUCUAGUUGGAAACACAAGACACACACCAAGUUAACUAUACACAGAAGUGUAUGAUAUGUACAAGUGAGUGGUACAAACACGACAUAGAAGAUCUGGGGGAAGAAGUUCAAAGAAGGCAUCACACCAGUGGGACCUAAACUAAGAUUUAAAGAAUGAGCAUGACCACGUUGUUAAUGACGGUUGUUACUUAGGUGGUAGGACUAUGGUUGAUAUUAUUUUCUUCUUUCUAUCUUCCUACCUUUUUCAAAUUUUCUAUAAAAAACUUGUUAU